AACCUGCAGCUCGGAGUGAAUCGGUCUCACUUUGUGGCCGUACCCAUCGCCUGGAACUUCCCCCGGCCCGCUUUGCCUCCUUUUCUGCUUCUCGCUCUCGGACCUCUCGUCUGCGGCCGCGCUCGGACCCCCACCUCUCGUCACCAUGACGCCUACCCCGUCGCUUUUCCUGCUGCUGCUCGGCCUUGUGGGUGCCCAGGCCACUUUAGAUCAACGCAUGGCCGCCGCUAUGGCGGCAGGCCUGUGCAAAACUCGCCCCACAGACCUGGUGUUCAUCGUCGACAGCAGUCGCAGCGUUCGCCCGUCUGAGUUCGAGCAAGUGAAGGUCUUCCUGGCUAAAGUCAUCGAGGGUCUGGACGUCGGACCCAACACCACCCGGGUCGGAGUUGUCAACUACGCGAGUCGAGUCAAGAAUGAGGUGUCGCUGAAGACUCACCGCACCAAGACCGGACUGAUCAAAGCCGUCACCAAAAUCGAGCCUCUUUCCACUGGAACAAUGACCGGUCUUUCCAUCCAGUUCGCCCUGAACGUGGCCUUCAGCGAGGCUGAGGGCGCACGGCCCAAGUCUCCUGACAUCAGCAAGGUCGCCAUCAUCGUGACUGACGGGCGUCCCCAGGACAACGUGAAGGACGUGGCUCAGCGUGCACGCGAUGCAGGCAUUGAGAUUUUUGCCAUCGGUGUGGGACGUGUGGACAUGACCACUCUGAGGCAGAUGGCCAGUGAACCUCUGGACGACCACGUGGACUACGUGGAGAGCUACAGUGUCAUCGAGAAGCUCACCAAGAAGUUCCAGGAGGCCUUCUGUGUGUCGGACCUGUGCGCCACCGGGGAUCAUGACUGUGAGCAGGUAUGCAUCAGCGUCCCGGGAUCAUACAAGUGUGCCUGCAAAGACGGCUUUACCCUAGCGGACGACGGUCGCACCUGCAGCGAAGCUUGCAGCAACGCUCCGUUGGACGUGGUGUUUGUGAUCGACGGCUCAAAGAGCAUCCGACCUGAGAACUUUGAGCUGGUCAAGAAGUGGAUCAAUCAGAUCGUCGAUAAGAUGGACAUCUCCGAGCGUAAGACUCACGUUGGACUGGUGCAGUACUCCAGCUCCGUCAAAACGGAGUUCUCUCUGGGCAAACACAACAACAAGAAGGAUCUGAAAGAGGCUGUGAAGAAGAUGGUGUACAUGGAGAGGGGAACCAUGACGGGCCUGGCUCUGCGUCACAUGACUGAAAACAGCUUCAACUACGCUCAGGGCGCCAGGCCCGGGGUCCAAAAGGUCGGCAUCGUCUUCACUGACGGGCGCAGCCAGGACUAUAUUGGUGAUGCUGCUAAGAAGGCAAAGGAACUUGGUAUGAAGAUGUAUGCUGUUGGAGUGGGCAGUGCUGUGGAGAGCGAGUUGAAAGCCAUCGCCUCUGAGCCCGUUUCAGAUCACUACUUCUACACCGCCGACUUCAAGACCAUGAACGAGAUCGCCAAGAAGCUUCAGAUCAACAUCUGUCAAGACGACGACCCAUGCGAAUGCGACUCCCUCGUAAAGUUCCAGAAGAAAGUAGAAGAGGCCCUACAGGCGCUGAACAAAAAAUUAGAGAGUAUGUCAAAGAGGAUCGCCUUGCUGGAGAACAAAAUCGUUUGAAGACUCACUUCCUGCUCUCCGCUGUGGAUCUGCGCCCAUUUACCAACACAAACACACACUUCCCUCUGCUUUUAACUUUGUUAAUAUUAAUAAACAUGAACAGGGACCAGUUGGGGUUGGGAACCCAAACUUCUGCUACUUCUAGCAUCCACCGAGUCUCCUGGGACACAAACGGGCAGUUGCCAUGGAGAUGGUUCCCUUAUGAAGUUGUGGUCUCUCCAAAGCCGACCUGUGUGUUAAUAAAAGUCUUCCCUCAUAGGGAAACAGUGGAAGGUUUUUGUUUUGUUGUCGCCACAAAUCAGUCUUUGUUCCUGCCAUUGUUCCCUCCACCUUUGUUUCUUUUCUCUACAAUCCACAAGAAGAAUGAACAGCUAAAUUAAAUAUAACGUUAAUGUCUGGUCAUAACAACGCAUCAGUGAUGUUUAUUUUCCUAAAUAAAGGUGAUUCAGGAAGUAA